CUCCAUACAAUCUUCGUAUUCUGACCGCUAAUACAUACCGAAACUGCAAGUAUAUAGUCGUGUAGUGUCUCGCUCUUAUCAUUCGGAAUCAAGUGUGUGCCGCUGGAGACGAAAAAAUUUAUUUUCGGACGUAACUGCGACGACGACAGCUCGGUGGUGGCCCGCGUACAGUUGCGGUUGUGUGUACCGAAUUUGCAUAUGGAUGCGGAUAAACAAAGUAACGUCGUCGUUUCAACUGAUGUCAAAGUUUAAUUGUUGCCGGAGUCCGUGAUAUCGAUUCUUUUUAUAUAUUACGCGAGUUUAGAGAGUAUAGUGCGGUGCGUCCAAAAUAUAAACAUGAACUGGCUGAUUUCGAUGUUUCUGCUGGCGUGUUUCGCCUGGCGAACUGGACAGUCCUACUUCAUAACCGUCGAUGCACAUUCCGAGGAGUGUUUCUUCGACAACGUCGAGUACGGCACCAAAAUGGGCCUGACGUUCGAAAUAGCCGAGGGUGGCUUUCUCGACAUCGACGUGAGGAUAGUGGCCCCGGACAACAAGAUCAUGUACGACGGCGAGCAGGAGAGCAGCGGCAAGUUCACGUUCGCCGCCCAUACCGGCGGUGUUUACACUUACUGCUUCAGCAACUUCAGGGGCACUAUGACGCCCAAGGUGGUCAUGUUCAACAUGUUCAUCGGUGAGAGUCCCAGCCAACAAGCCAAAAAACAAGCCGUCGAAGGCGAUACUUCCAAUGCCAAACUCGAGGACAUGAUCAAGGAGCUCAGCGAGGGCUUACAGAGUGUCAAGAGCGAACAAGAGUACAUGGCUGUCAGAGAUAGAAAUCAUAGGGCUAUCAACGAAAGCACCAACUUCAGAGUUGUUGCGUGGUCGAUCUUUGAAGCUACAGCUUUGCUGUGCAUGACGUUAGGUCAAGUGUACUAUUUGAAGCGUUUCUUUGAAGUGAGACGUGUUGUGUAAGAUGUGAUUUAACAAAGACAAUUGAAGUGAAUUGAUAAGUUUUAUCUUCUAAGACUUUCUGAGAAAGAAACAGAGUCAGAGAUGUAUAUGUUGUUCUAAUUGUAACUAUAAGUAAAUGGAUCUUUUCAAUAAAGAGUAUUGUCAUUCUUAUAGCUUA